AUGAGGCUCAGAAGCACCGAGGAGCUCAUUCUCUUGAUUCAGGGGAUUGCCCUGACGGCUGGAGCGUACGCCGACGAUGCCCAGAAGCCCCUAACUUCGCGGACCUGCCUUCCGGCACUAGAGUAUGCGCCGGAAAUCGGUACCCGGCGCUGUUUUGACGACACACCGAACUUGAAAGCCUUCAUCAACAGCGUGUCGCUCACUCGACACAACACGGUUGAGUCAUGCGCCAGGCUGUGUGGUCAGGCUGGGUACUCGCUGGCAGGGAUCAAAUACGAUAGGGGAGGCCUGUGUGUCUGUGGGAAUGAGAUCAACAUCAAGGGAUCCCAAAUCAGCGACGCGCAAAGUACAUGUGAUGCAUCUGGAACUGUUUGUACAGAGUCGCUGAUACCAUGCGACGAAGAAAAUAUGAUCGAGGUUUACGAGAUUAUUAACCCCAUAACCGAUGAGAAAGCCCCAGGAAACUUCCCGGAAUGCACUCGAGAUCCGCUCUGCUCCAAUGACGUUUGCGAUGAGUCGCUCUCUGACAAACAGAGGGCGACAGCAUUGGUCGCUGAACUCACCAUCUGGGAGAAGCUCGACAACCUGGUAAAUGAAGCACCAGGUAUUCCAAGGCUCCGGGUCCCACCCUAUGAAUGGUGGAGCGAGGGACUUCACGGCGUGGCAAGAUCACCAGGGACGAAGUUUACCUCCAAAGGAAAUUUCAGUUACGCGACUUCCUUCCCUCAACCGAUUCUUCUUGGCUCUGCAUUUGAUGAUGAGCUAGUGCGGGCCGUGGGAGAGGUUGUGAGCAGGGAGGCCAGAGCCUUCAGCAACGCUGGCAGGUCUGGGCUUGAUCUCUACUCUCCGAACAUCAACGCCUUCAAAGAUCCCCGAUGGGGUCGUGGCCAAGAGACUCCUGGCGAGGAUACCUUCCAUCUGCAGAAGUAUGUCUCAGCCAUGCUUUCAGGCCUGGAAGGAGAUGAUCCCGAUAAAAAACUCAUAGCAACCUGCAAGCAUUACGCAGCCAACGACUUCGAGAACUACAGAGGUGUAGACCGUUCCGGUUUCGACGCCAUCAUCAGCACUCAAGACUUGUCGGAAUACUACCUUCCACCUUUCAAGACGUGUGCCGUCGAGAAGAACGUCGGAUCCUUCAUGUGCAGCUAUAACGGCAUCAACGGUACGCCUCUUUGUGCGAACAGCUACCUCAUCGAGGACAUCUUACGGAAGCACUGGGGAUGGAACGGGGAUGCGCAGUAUGUCUCCACAGACUGUGACUGUGUCGCACUGAUGGUAUCGUACCACCAUUAUGCCCCUGACUUGGGGCAUGCCGCAGCAUGGUCGAUGAAAGCAGGCACGGAUCUUGAAUGCAACGCUUUCCCCGGAUCAGAGGCUCUUCAGUCUGCUUGGAACCAGUCGCUCAUUUCCGAGAAGGACGUGGAUAAGGCACUGACGCGGAUGUAUACAUCUCUCGUGUCGGUCGGCCUGUUUGACUCGGACAGGAAAGACCCGUUGCGCUCUCUAGGCUGGGACGAGGUCAACACCAAAGAGGCGCAAGAUCUUGCGUAUCGGGCAGCCGUCGAAGGCGCUGUUCUUCUGAAGAAUGAUGGAAUUUUGCCUCUGUCUCCUGAUUCCUCGAAGAAGUAUGCCCUCAUCGGGCCAUGGGUUAGCGCGACAACGCAAAUGCAAGGAAACUACUUCGGUCCUGCUCCAUACCUCAUCUCUCCACGCAAGGCCGCCAAGGACCUUGGCCUGGAUUUCACUUACUUCCUUGGAUCGAGGAUGAACAAGUCCGACUCAUCAUUCGCACAGGCUAUCAAGGCAGCUCAAGCCGCGGAUGUCGUCAUUUACAUGGGUGGCGUAGACAACACCCUGGAGCAAGAGACUCUCGACCGACAGACUCUGGCGUGGCCUGAGCCUCAACUUCAGCUCCUUCGUGCCCUCUCAGAAGUGGGGAAGCCGCUCGUUGUUCUUCAAUUUGGAGGCGGGCAGGUUGACGACACAGAGCUUCUUGCGAACGACUCCGUGAACGCGAUUCUCUGGGGCGGGUACCCUGGUCAAUCAGGCGGAAAGGCGAUUCUGGACAUCGUCUUCGGUCGCGCGGCGCCUGCUGGUCGUCUCUCCGUCACGCAGUACCCGGCAUCAUACAAUGAUGCUGUUCCAGCCACCGAUAUGAACCUCAGACCUGGACCUGGCAACUCUGGUCUUGGGCGCACCUACAGGUGGUACACUGGAGAAACGCCGGUCCCUUACGGGUUUGGUUUGCACUACACAAACUUCAGUGUGGAUAUGAAGCCAGCGUCGAACGUCCAUAAUAUUGAUAUUGCUCAAAUGGCCGCAGAAGCAAACGACGAUGCCGCUUCUGAAAUUCCCUCCUGGCAGCGUGGCCUGGAAAGGCGCAUGGUCACCAUUACCGUCUCCGCCAAGAACGAGGGAAAUGUGAUUUCAGACUAUGUUGCGCUCGUGUUCCUACGAUCGGAGGCCGGUCCGAAGCCAUGGCCUCAGAAGACUCUGGUCGGAUACACGCGUCUUCGCAAUAUCAAGCCUGGCGAGGAGAGGGAGGAGGACGUUGUCAUCAAGAUGGAGCAGCUCGUCCGAGUCGAUGAAGUGGGAAACCGGGUGCUAUAUGAAGGCCUCUAUUCUCUGUUUCUAGAUGUCGACGACAAGGCACCGAACGUAAUCACGAUCUUUGGGGAUCCAUGGGUCAUUGAGGAGUUUCCUCAGCCGAAGGAAGAUGCGAACGUACGAGAUGAACAUGUCAACCUGGAACUUUGA